AUGAUCUUUACACCACCUUCAUGGCUCCCCGCUAUUGAACAAGACCUGUCCAAAGUGGGGACAGUGGGAGACUUUGCGCUUCAAGGGACGCUGGGCAACGCCUCCGGCCCUAGGGUAGACGAGCCAACCUUUAUUUCUGCUUCUACGCAGAAGGAGAGAACCCCGGCGCAGAUCGCGCAGAACGUCGAGGCCUUGGCUGCUGGCCUUGCCCACGAAUUGCAAUGGUCUCCUAAUGCACCCGCACAAGGCGGCAAAGUGGUUGCUAUAUUGUCCGAAAAUACUGUGGAUUAUCUGGUCUACUGCUGGGCGGUUCAUCGUCUGAGAGGCACCUGUCUUCUUUUACACGGCACUACUUCGCCGCAGGAGAAUGCAAAACAUCUCCAGCGCAGUGACUGCAGAACCUUGAUUGUGUCUCCUGCAUUGCUUCAGUCUGGCCGUGCUGCUGCCGCUGCUGCUUCUACCAGCGAAGCAGGGAUUAGAGUUUAUCUGACAGAGCGGGUAGCCACUGACAGCGCCCAAGUCAAUGUCAAUGGCAAUAGCGACACCGACCUCAAAACCAUUGAAGAGCUUGUUAGCUUUGGGAAGACAUUGAGCCCUCUCCCAGCGCUCGAUUGGUCCCCUGAGGAGGCCCAAUCCAGUAUCGCAUACCUCUGCGCGACCAGCGGAACCUCGGGGGUGCAGAGACUGGCGCGUUUAAGCCAUCGUGGAAUUAUACUCAAUAUCCUUCAGGUGUCUGCUCUGGAGAGCACGAUCCGCCACCGGGAUGUUGAAAUUGUACUCGGCGUAUUACCCCUAAGUCAUGUCCAGGGCGUUAUCGCGUCUCACGGUACAGUUUACCUGCGAGACCGUCUUAUCUUGCACACGACUUUCGACAUGAAGGCAGCCAUGAUGUCUAUCCAAACCUAUCGUAUCAACAGACUGUACCUAGUACCGUCUGUGCUGGCCGCUCUCGUCGGGAACCAGUUCUUGUUUAAAAUUUUCGACUUGUCGUCAGUCGACACAGUCUAUGUAGGUGCUGGGAGUCUUAGCUCUGAGCUCUACGCCAAAACAAAGGCGGUACAGCCUAAUUGGAAUCUGGUUAAUGGCUAUGGCCUCACAGAAAGCUCCAUGGUUGUUGCCAUGAGCAGCUCGCAAGAGCCUGGCCCAGGCCCCGUAGGAAUCCUGCUACCCUUGUAUCAGGCACGUCUUCGACGAGAGGAUGGGAGUGAUGUUGAAGCUUUUGACGAACCGGGCGAGCUGCUCCUAUCAUCCCCGAACCAGGCCUCUGGAUACAUAGGAGACGAAGAGGCUGCCACAGCUACGUUUAGAGACGGCUGGUUGCACACUGGCGACGUGGCAAUUUUCCGGCAGAGCCCCCGAGGCGACUCGCAUCUGUACAUUGUCGACCGGCUGAGGGACAUGAUCAAAGUCAAGGGUAUGCAAGUUUCCCCAGUUGCCAUUGAGGAGUGCCUGCGACAGCAUCCUGGGGUUGCCGACGUAGCAGUAAUUGGAGUACCGGAUAACGUGGCUGGCGAACGAGCCAAAGCGUUCGUAGUCCCCAUGAAGAAUCCCGACCCAACAGCAAAGCCUGCCGAUCCUGAGACGCUCUUUGAGCAGUGGGAUGAGCACGUCCAGAGCAAGUUGACAGAGCCGCACUGGUUACGUGGACGUUACGAGCUGUUGGAAGCGCUCCCUCGUAAUACGUCAGGCAAAGUGGCCAAAGGUCUUUUGCGGGCUAUGUAA